CGACCAAAACUAAAGCGAAUUGAUAUGCUGUAAAGGCAUCAGGAGAGAUCUUGAUAAUUGAUCCCUGGUAUCGAAUUUGCUGAAAUUGUAUUUCUCGGUGGAGGGAUGUGCAAAAAUUCCGGAGAUUUCUAAAAGCGGUGACUUUUUUGAUUGAUACUCCUGUGAGGAGCGUUAUUUUGGACGUCGCUUUCAAUACAGACUUGCCGGUGUGAAUAAACACUAAAAUGGACGUGACAAUUAGUUUUGCAACUUUAGUAUUCCUCCAAAUAGUUGCGAGAUCUUUCCAAAACAAUAUUGUCUCUAUCAAAUUACUAUAUGAUUCAUUAUAUCAUUGGGUUAUGCUGUACAAGGGGGUAGCGAGUGGGACGAAAUGGGAGUUAUAUAUAAGAACGCUUACUCCUACAACACGCAUUAUAUGUUCUUCGUUAAGAGAUGUAAACAAUCGAUUUUACCUGCAUCUGCCAAGCUCGCACUGGAAAAACUUAUUUAAAAGUGAUAGAGUCUGGCAAAUAUACUUCAGACUUCUUGACACGACAGGCUGAUUCAUGUCGCAUGAACUUCAGUAGAAAUAUGAGUAUCGAAGAAACAUUAUCGAAUACUAACGUUUGAAAAUACUGCUCACGAAUGCAUGAAAUCGUCGUUUUUGUAAAUGAAUCACUGUCGAUACGUUACAGUUUGUGGAUAAAAGAAAUUGACGCUCAGGCCUGGCAGUCAUGAGAAUUUCUUUUAAUCUUCUAAAGCUAAGCCGAUGAAGCUAAUCUGUGUUUGCAACUUUUAAAUCCAAGUAAUUUAAAUUUGUACGUGGACCUAAAUAAGCAACAUACAAACAUUUAAAAUGGCGAAAUGCGGACUUCUUCUUGUCUUAUUGUUAAUGCUGAGUAUAUCGCACGGAUUUGUACUUAAAACGACUCCUGCAAAUGUCCAGGUGAUGAACCGCGAUGGGCAUCCUCGUGUGGUCAGUACUUUCAUUUACGACGUUGCAAGCGAAAUCCGAGGACAUGUUUUAAAGAAAAUCAGGACAAUUUUGAAGGUUGCACCCGAGUACUUGGAAAGUUCAAAUUCAACAUGGACACUGUACUUAACAUGCCCGAAAUACGAUUCCGAGGUUUUCCACUUUUCGCCCUUGACGCUUGUGAAACAGUAUAGGAACACAACAGAACUCUAUCUGGAAUUUUCUAUUGAACACACCCGUUGUUCAGAGUGUGUCAAAGAGGGUGUUUUUAAUCUAACGGUUUCUCUGUACAACGAGGAUAUAAGAGCUAACACAUUCGUGGACAAGACACCAUUUUCCGUCCAGACAAUGGAGGCAUAUUUUCAAGAUACUUUUUGCAACUACAAAACCAGUUCUUGUGUAGCCUGGUCUACGAACGGUACGUUGGUGCGGUCCGACUCUUGCAAACUUCCAUGGUGUACAAAUCUACCCAAACCAAAGAACAAUGAGUCUUAUAUGGCAGCCAUAGAGGAAGACAAGACACACUGGUGGUCACGUGACAUAUACGGAAGCGGAAGCAGUUGUUCUUUGAACAUCCUGAUGGCAGCCUACGAAACCACUUACAUCACCGUUUCAAUCAAUUCGUCCAAAGGAAUAACGCCUUUGAUGCAUUUUGAAAAUAAGAUUCUGAUGAAUUGGACUGUGAUAAAAAUUCCCAUUGGGAGAGUGAACGAGACGUUCCAGCUAUUAGUCUGCAUUCACGCGUUGUAUAUAGCGGCUAUACAGAAAAUGUGGAUGGAAAAUUGUACUGCUGUGAAAGAGGACAUAUACUGUAGUGAGAAUGAGUUCCGAUGUUCAUCUGGUAAAUGUAUUCCGAAUGACAGGGUCUGUGACCUAAAUCCAGACUGCCCUCUGCAAGAUGACGAAGAUAGGGAGUUCUGCGAGAGACAUAACUAUAGAUACAUCUGUGACGUGGACAACAAGCAGUGUAGCUGGUUGCAGAAUCCGCAGUGUCCAUUCGUCCGUGCAUAUGACCAACAUUUACUCAAAAACAAAAAGUACUGUGCCUAUGGCCAAACAGAUUUUGCACUGUUUGCCAGCAAGUGUGAAGAUGGGACACCCAUAAAGUUGACAAGUCCUGUACUGCAACCGUUUAAUGCUUCUAGAGAUUGCAGAGUACGCUUUUGGUAUUUGGUAGACUUCUUCGAUGAAAUCAAUGUCCUGGCAUGUUCUAAUGAAUCUGACUGUGACGUUAUAAAAUCUCUGGAUCAGUCGCUCAGCGAACCGGAAUGGCAGCGGACAUCUUUGCGAAUACCACAUCGAUAUCAACCGUUUCAAGUAAUACUGCAAGGGAAAAUGGCUGCUCAUUCUGGCCUUGUUGCCUUGGAUCAAAUAAGUUUGACACCAGAUUGCUUCACAAAAUCAGAUGUUUGGAAACCACCUCACAUGGAAGAGGUGUCAACACGGGUGGAAGUAGAGGGCAACUCUGGUUAUGUGCUCACAAUCCUUGGAAUUGGCGCCGGUAUUGUCGUUGCCGUGGUAACCGCAGUUGUAUUAUUCUCAGCUUUCAAAAAGAGGCAACACUGCAAGGCUGACGAGGGUCUUCGAAAUAUACUUCCGGUAUCUACUUCUACAACGUCAUCUGGAUCAGAUGGGAAAUGUUCAUUUCCGGUUGACAUUUCUGAUGCAUCGUUAGCGGACAUUGAAAGACAGUCCCUCGUCCCCAGUAAUAUGGCGGUAUCCAGUAUAUCUCCUUACUACGAGUGGACCGAGGAGAAGAUUCGAGAUAUACCUAGAAAGAAAAUUAAACUUGUCAGGCUUCUGGGUAAAGGUGCGUUUGGUGAGGUAUAUUACGGACUUCUUGCUGAUGUUACACGUGUCCGAACUGACUUACCAAUAGCCGUUAAGAAGUUGCCAACAUUAUGCGCUGAACAAACGAAAACAGAAUUAUUUUUUGAGGCAGUAACAUUAAGCAAGUUUAACCACCCCAACAUCGUCCGAUUUCUUGGAAUAUCUACUGAUGAUUUUGACAAUUCCAUGUAUCUCCUGUUGGAACUCAUGGAGGGUGGAGAGCUAAGAGCCUUUGUAAGGGAGUCACGGCCGAAGCAGCCUCACGAGUUGUCAUAUCUCACUCUGCACGAUCUACUGAAGUUAGCGAUAGACGUCGCACGGGGGUGCCAAUACUUAGAGCAAAACAAAUUCAUUCACAGAGACAUUGCUGCGAGAAAUUGCCUUCUGACUGAAAAGGGACCUAACCGUGUUGCAAAGAUAGGAGACUUUGGAAUGGCAAGAGAUGUACUUAGGACCAAUUAUUACAGAAAAAAUGGCAGAGCUAUGGUGCCGGUUAAAUGGAUGCCGCCGGAGAGUUUUCUAGACGGAAUAUUCACGUCCAAGACAGAUGUAUGGGCUUUCGGAGUGGUACUCUGGGAGAUGUUUACGAUGGGGCAUGUGCCAUAUCCCGGAAAAUCUAAUGGCGAAGUGAUGAAAUAUGUAAAGGGAGGACAAAGACUUGAUAAACCCCCUUUGUGUCCACAUCAAAUAUUUGAUUUGAUGGUGAGGUGCUGGCAAGUUAAUGCAGAAUUCCGUCCAAAUUUUGCUGCAAUUGUAGACGAACUUGACAAGAUUCAUAAGGGAGGGGAACUGUCGUCACUAAUAACAUACGAGGACAUGAUGGACAUACAACCUCACACGUGUGACAAAGAUCACGUGACAUCCGGAAGUGUGACAUAUGUUACAGACAUUAAAUUACUUGCUGCUGAUACGGAUGUGUCUGAUAUAGACAUGAGUAAUGUAUGACGUCAUCCGCCCACACUCUAACUACUGGAACACUGCAUUGGUAAUGGUUGUGAGAGCCGUGUGUAAUCAAUCGAAUUUCCUGACGGCAGCGGCUGGAUACAAGGGCAGAGAACCGCUGAUAUACAAACUUUCCUCUGGCAGCUAUAGUAUAUCAGUAUCGUUUUUUGGGUUCCAUUUUGGAGUGAUUGUACAUGUAUGCUAGUAUACUAUUAUAAAUUCUCACGAAGAACAAAUGAGGAUGGAUACAAGUUUGGCCCAUGUAAUGCAUGGUCAGUAAAAUGGUAUAUUGCAUUGCAUCGUUGAAGAGAGAAAGAAAGAGAAUGGAAGAUUCAUAGUGCGUGUAAUGUAUGUGAUCUAUUUUAUUCUGUUGUACAUUUCGAUACUGUAACAGUAUAUGCAUCUAUUGAAGUAAUGUUUCACAUUUGUAACAGUAUAUGCAUCUAUUGAAGUAAAGUUUCACAUUUUGUUGUACAUUUCGAUGCUGUAACAGUAUAUGCAUCUAUUGAAGCAAUGUUUCACAUUUUGUUGUACAUUUCGAUACUGUAACAGUAUAUGCAUCUAUUGAAGUAAAGUUUCACAUUUUGUUGUACAUUUCGAUGCUGUAACAGUAUAUGCAUCUAUUGAAGUAAUGUUUCACAUUUUGUUGUACAUUUCGAUACUGUAACAGUAUAUGAAUCUAUUGCAGUAAUGUUUCACAUUUUGUUGUACAUUUCGAUACUGUAACAGUAUAUGAAUCUAUUGAAGUAAUGUUUCACAUUUUGUUGUACAUUUUGAUACUGUAACAGUAUAUGCAUCUAUUGAAGUAAAGUUUCACAUUUUGUUGAAUUUACACAUGGCGUUUAUGUUAAAUACAAACGUUGUUAAAAUCUGGAUAUUGAAAAAGAAACGGUGAAUACGAAGUUAAGUAACUCAUUUCACAUAUUUUUCAAUCCAGAAUGUUUUGUCUCUGACUUGGUUUUACAACUGUAAAUAAAAUUUUACAACACAUGA